AUGGAGCUGCAGGAUGGGGAGGAGGAGGAGGGGGAGGAGGAGGGUGUGGGUGGAGGUGUGGGUGGAGGGGGAGGAGGGGUGGCGGGGGAGGGGCAGACGGAGAUAAUUGGGCAUCGGGUGGCGAUUCAGUAUUUGGCGGAGGUGAAUAGGUAUCUGAGGAGCUUGCCGGUCAGUGUGUUGAAGACGCCGAUGGGGAAGGAGGUGGCGGUCAGUGAGGCGAUUAGCAGCAAUAUGUUGGUCAUGGCGGGGAUUCCGCAACAGUUCCGAAAACGAAAAGCAGAGAGCAUGGCCGGAGGCCUGGGAGGAGAGAACGGCGCCAAUGGCAGCGGAGGCGGCGGCGGUGGUAGUGGUGGUGUGGCGGAUACGGGCGCUGAUAUCGCGGUGUAUACCAGCCGCUUCUUGUAA